UGUGCCGAGUGAGGAGGGGAGACCAGUCAGGACAGGCGGACAGGCGGACGGGCUGUGGCUCCGGCGCUCCGGCACACACAGGAACCAGCCCCGCGGCCGGCGAUGGCAGCAAGGCUGACAGGCUUGCAGGAGCAGCUGGUCUGGGCCCUGCUGGGGUCCGGGCUGUCGCGGGACAUCCUGAUCCAGGCGGCCGAGGAGCUGGAGCAGGCCGGGGGGGGGCUGGGGGCCGAGGCGGGCGACAGGGGCGCUGUGGAGGGGGAGGGCGACAGCUCAGAGGAGGGAGAGGAGGAGUUUGCCCCCCCCAUCUUCAAAGAGCUGGAGAGCCUGAGUCCUGAGGAGGCAGCAAGGCAGAGGGCAGAGGUGGAGCACCUGCUACAGGAGGACCCCUGGCAGGUGGCCAAGCUGGUGAGGAGCUACAUGCAGCAGCACAACCUGCCGCAGAGGGAGGUGGUCGACUCGACGGGGCUCAACCAGUCCCACCUGUCGCAGCACCUGAACAAGGGCACGCCCAUGAAGAGCCAGAAGCGGGCGGCACUCUACACCUGGUACGUUCGCAAGCAGGGCGAGAUCACGCAGCAGUUCAGCAACGCCAGCCGCGGCCUGCUGGUGGGGGAGGAGCCCGAGGAGCCGGGCAGCAGGAGGCAGCGCAGGAACAGGUUCAAGUGGGGCCCCGCCUCCCAGCAGAUCCUGUUCCAGGCGUACGAACGGCAGAAGAACCCCAGCAAGGAGGAGCGGGAGAGUCUGGUGGAGGAGUGUAACCGGGCAGAGUGCCUGCAGCGCGGGGUGUCCCCCUCCCAGCUGGCCGGGCUGGGCUCGAACCUGGUGACGGAGGUGCGAGUCUACAACUGGUUUGCCAACCGCCGUAAAGAGGAGGCCUUCCGCCACAAGCUGGCGCUGGACAGCUCCUACCCCGGGCAUUCGGCCAGCGGCACAGCGCCUGGCGGCACGGACAGCCCCAGCCAUGGGGUGAAGUACAGCCAGCCGACGGCCAAUCAGAACAUGGCAUCGAGCGGAGAUCACCAUGGAGACAAGAGCAUGGGGGGGCGGCUGGAGGUCAGCCAUGCCCUGCUGGAGGCGCCGUGCAGACCGGUCUCAGUGUCCACAGCAGGCGCAGGGGCAGGUGGGGGCUCUGGCGGGGGCAUGCUGCCCCCAGUCAGCACCCUGACCGCGCUGCAUGGCCUGUCCCCCUCUUCGCCCACCCCCGCGCAGGGCCUGAUCAUGGCCUCGCUGCCCAGCGUGGUGAGCCUGGGGCCAGGAGAGUCCUCGCUGCUCAUUGGUCUGGCCUCCACUCAGCCCCAGACUGUCAUUAACAGUGUCGGGGGUGGGCUCACCACCCUCCAGCCAAUCCCUUUCCAGCAGCAGAUCCACACCUCCCACCAACAACCUAUCAUGCAGCAGUUCCCAAGUCACAUGGGCCCAGGCUCCUUCAUGGCUACCAUGGCUCAACUAUCCCCACACGUGUAUGGACACAAGCCUGAGCUGCCCCAGUAUCCCAACUCCAGCCUGUUCCCCCAGGCCAUGGUCAUCACCGACACCAGCGGCAUCGGCACGCUGGCCAGCCUCACUGCUGUCAAACAGAUUCUGACCAUGGAUCCCGAGAGCCAGUCAGAUCCGGCCGUCCACAUGGUCUCCCAGCAAGAC